CCACGAUCAGCAGCAAUGACUAACACCCAGAAGAACACUCCUUUUAUCUUCCCACAGGGUCAUUCCACUGUCCUACCUGAUCCCUCCAACUUCUUCUCCUCAAACCUUGUUUCAAAUCCACUCCCUACAAACUCUUUUUUCCAAAACUUUGUCCUAAAAAAUGGUGACCAACCCGAGUACAUUCACCCUUACCUCAUCAAAUCCUCAAACUCAUCCCUCUCUCUCUCAUACCCAUCUCACACUUUCACCUCUGCUUUCAUAUACCAAGUCUUCAAUGCUGAUCUAACCAUCUCUUCCUCUGAACAAAAAACCAGUGAGAAACACAUAAUCUCUUCAUGUAGUGAUCUCAGUGUCACCUUGGAUAUCCCUUCUUCCAAUCUGAGCUUUUUCCUUGUAAGGGGAAGUCCUUUUCUGACUGUGUCUGUAACCAAACCAACCCCUCUCUCCAUCACCACCAUCCAUGCCAUUCUUUCUUUCUCUUCAAAUGAUUCCCUUACAAAGUUCACAUUUCAGUUUAACAAUGGUCAAACAUGGCUCCUAUAUGCUUCCUCGCCAAUCAAGUUGAGUCAAAGCCUUUCCGAGAUCACUUCUGAUGCAUUUUCUGGCAUAAUUCGGAUAGUUUUGUUGCCUGAUUCCGAUUUUAAACACGAGGCAGUUCUUGACAAGUUCAGUUCUUGUUACCCUGAGUCAGGUGAAGCUGUGCUCAGAGAACCAUUUAGUGUUGAGUAUAAGUGGGAGAAGAAAGGAUCAGGUGAUUUGCUACUGUUAGCACACCCUCUUCACCUUAAGCUUUUGUCUAACAGUGAUAGUGAUGUCACUGUUUUGGAUGAUUUUAAAUAUACAAGCAUUGAUGGGGAGCUUGUUGGUGUUGUUGGGAAUUCGUGGGUUUUGGAAACAGAUCCUGUUUCUAUAACUUGGCAUUCUUCUAAGGGUGUUAUAGAAGAAUCCCAUGAUGAAAUUGUUUCUGCACUUUCUAAGGAUGUUGAUGGUCUAGAUUCAUCAGCAAUAACAACAACUUCAUCUUAUUUCUAUGGUAAAUUGAUUGCAAGGGCAGCAAGGCUAGCAUUGAUUGCCGAAGAGGUUUUCUUCUUUGAUGUGAUUCCAAAGAUUAGGAAAUUUUUGAAGGAAACCAUUGAGCCAUGGCUUGAAGGAACUUUUAAUGGGAAUGGAUUUCUAUAUGAUCAAACGUGGGGUGGCAUUAUUACCAAACAAGGGUCCACUGAUACUGGUGGUGAUUUUGGGUUUGGAAUUUAUAAUGAUCAUCAUUAUCAUUUGGGAUACUUCCUUUAUGGAAUUGCAGUGCUUGUUAAGAUUGACCCAGCAUGGGGUAGGAAGUAUAAGCCUCAAGCCUAUUCACUCAUGGAAGAUUUUAUGAACUUGAGCAUAAGAUCAAACUCCAAUUAUACACGUUUGAGAUGUUUUGAUCUUUAUGUAUUGCAUUCUUGGGCUGGAGGGUUAACUGAAUUUGCAGAUGGAAGAAAUCAAGAGAGUACAAGUGAAGCUGUAAAUGCAUAUUAUUCUGCAGCUUUGAUGGGUAUGGCAUAUGGUGAUGCCAAUCUUGUUGCCAUUGGAUCAACACUUACAGCAUUGGAAAUGCUUGGAACUCAAAUGUGGUGGCAUGUGAAAGAAGGAAGUAAUCUUUAUGAGGAAGAUUUUACAAAAGAGAAUAGGAUAAUGGGUGUUCUUUGGGCUAACAAGAGAGACAGUGGACUAUGGUUUGCUUCUGCUGAGAGGAGAGAGUGUAGGCUUGGCAUUCAACUCUUACCUAUUUUACCUAUUUCUGAAGUCCUGUUCUCAAAUGUUGAUUAUGUUAAGGAGCUAGUGAAGUGGACAUUGCCUGCUUUGAAUGGUGAGGGUGUUGGAGAAAAAUGGAAAGGGUUUGUAUAUGCCCUUGAAGGGAUUUAUGAUAACAAAGGUGCAUUGCAGAAGAUUAGAAGCUUAAAUGGUUUUGAUGAUGGAAACUCAUUGACUAAUCUCUUGUGGUGGAUUCACAGCAGAGGUGAAGGUGAUGAAUAA